AUGCACUUCCAGUCGCGUAUAUCUGCAACUUCCAUCCAUGAACUUCUCUUCACCGACGACUGCGCCUCCGACGCCACCCCCGAAGAGGACGUGCAAGAUAGCAUAUACCUCUCCGACGCCGCCUGCGACAAUUUUGACCUGGUCAUCAACAUAGAGAAAACGGUGGUUAUGCAUCAACCGCCAACCGACGCUGCCUGGGUCGUACCCUAA